CGAAGUCUAUUGCUCACCCUACUACGUUGAGCACAUCUGAGCAGGAUGAUACGAAGGCUGCUUACACUGGGUGUCUGCAUCGGGCUCUUUGGAGCCUCAUCGGCAUUGAUAAGGGUCCCGCUGCACAAGAUGAAAAGCAUCAGGCAACAGCACCAAGAAUUCGGUUGGCCACUAGACUUCACUCAUGAUUGGUCGUUGAGCCCUGCUAACGGACCCAUUCCGGAGCCCCUCAAGAACUACAUCGAUGUCCAGUACUAUGGCAACAUCACUUUGGGCACCCCACCUCAAGUCUUCGCAGUCAUCUUCGACACUGGCUCAUCGAACUUAUGGGUGCCUUCCAGCCGGUGCCCACCGAGCAGUGCCGCAUGCCGCGUACACCACAAGUACUACAGCAAUGAGUCCAGUACUUACGUCAAGAAUGGCACCCACUUCGAAAUUGAGUACGGCAGCGGCAGCGUGAAGGGCGAACUGAGCUCAGAUACUUUUGGCUUGGGCAACGUGAAAGUCAAGGGCCAGACUUUCGCCGAGAUCACAGAGGAGGACGGCGAAAGCUUCGCCGCAGGAAAGUUUGAUGGUGUACUGGGCUUGGGUUACCCGCAGAUGGCAGUCCUCAAUGUACCGCCCGUUUUCGAUCUCAUGUUGGAUCAAGGCGUAGCGGAGAAACCUGUGUUUUGUUUUUAUCUCGACCGCAACGCAGAGGACCCAAAUGGAGGCGAAGUGCUUUUUGGUGGCAUCGACGAAGCGCACUACAAGGGCGAUAUCACCUACCUACCGGUGACUAAAAAAGCUUAUUGGCAGUUCAACAUGGACGGAAUUAGUCUAUCUGACAAGGCGACCUUCUGUAAAAAGGGUUGCCAAGCGAUUGCGGACACCGGCACGUCCUUGCUAACUGGGCCAUCCGUUGACGUCAAGAAGAUCAACAGAAUUAUUGGGGCUAAGGAAGCCUCACCUGGUCAGUAUCUUGUGGACUGCGAAGCGCUGCCGUCAUUGCCAAAGGUCACCUUUCACCUAAGCAAGAAGGAAUUUGUGCUAAGUGCGGACGACUAUAUCUUGAAGGUGAAACAACAAGGAAAAACCUUCUGCAUGAGCGGCUUCACCCCCAUGGACUUUCCACCGGAAACAGGUCCCCUAUGGAUUCUGGGCGACAUGUUCAUAGGCCGCUACUACACCAUCUUCGACAGAGGCAACGACCGCGUGGGCUUUGCCGAGGCCCGGUAGUCAGCAUCUCUUCAAAAGAAAUGUCCUAAAUUUACCCUUUCUUUCACAAACGCUCAUUGAAAACGCUUUUAAGGUGUACUGUUUGUUCCGGCGUAUUUGAAGAGACGGUUGUCUAUUCAACCUGAGAUUCACUGAUCGUCCAUCAUUUUUUUUACUCACCAUGCCUGAAACAGGAUGCACCGAAAUAAAUACAAUAACGACAUCA